AACAACAACUUGACGGCGCAUGUUUGACCUUCGACAAGGUGACCGCAUCUGAGUUGGAGAAUCGCUGUUUUCACUUGUAGUGCAGCUGUGGUACUGAGCGGGUCGCACUUCGAUAGUCUCCGCUGUUCUCGCCUUCUCAUUUCUUAGUCCAACUUUGUUAAUUGUUCUGUACAGAUUGAUUGGUGAAUUGAACGGUGUGGUAAAGUUUAGUGUUUAUCCGAACAAAAUGUCUAAGCCUCAGUCAGAUGAGCAGAAGAGGAAGCAGAUUAGUGUCCGCGGUAUUUCGGUACUGGAGGAUGUGAACGAAAUCAAGAGAGGUUUCAACCGCCAUCUCCACUACACCUUGGUGAAGGAUCGUAAUGUCGCCACCGUGCGCGAUUACUACUUUGCCUUGGCCCACACCGUGAAGGAUCAUUUGGUGUCACGCUGGAUCCGCACACAGCAGCAUUACUAUGAGAAUGACCCCAAGCGCGUCUACUACCUUUCGCUGGAGUACUACAUGGGUCGCUCGUUGCAAAACACGAUGAUCAACUUGGGCAUCCAAACCUCCUGCGAUGAAGCCAUGUACCAGAUGGGUCUAGACAUCGAAGAGCUGGAGGAACUGGAAGAGGAUGCCGGUCUGGGUAACGGAGGUCUUGGCCGUUUGGCUGCUUGCUUCCUCGAUUCGAUGGCAACCCUGGGAAUGCCGGCCUAUGGCUAUGGUAUUCGUUACGAGUACGGUAUCUUCGCCCAGAAGAUUAAGAAUGGCGAGCAGAUUGAAGAGCCCGAUGACUGGCUGCGUUACGGAAACCCAUGGGAGAAGGCGCGUCCUGAGUACAUGAUUCCUAUUCAUUUCUAUGGACGUGUGAUCGAUACCGCGGAGGGCAAGAAAUGGGUUGAUACCCAAACCGUUUUUGCCAUGCCUUACGAUAACCCGGUGCCUGGAUAUGGUAACAACUUCGUCAACACGCUGCGUCUAUGGUCGGCCAAGUCCCCAAUUGACUUCAACCUGAAGUUCUUCAACGAUGGUGACUACAUUCAGGCCGUUUUGGAUCGUAACUUAGCUGAGAACAUUUCUCGUGUCCUGUACCCGAACGACAACUUCUUCGAGGGUAAGGAACUGCGUCUGAAGCAGGAGUACUUCAUGUGCGCUGCCACUCUGCAGGAUAUCGUUCGCCGUUUCAAGUCGUCCAAGUUCGGCUCCCGUGAUGCCGUCCGUACUUCAUUCGAUGACUUCCCGAACAAAGUUGCCAUUCAGUUGAAUGAUACACAUCCAUCGUUGGCCAUUCCUGAGUUGAUGAGAAUUCUUGUCGAUGAUGAGAAGCUUUCGUGGGAGCAGGCCUGGAAUAUUGUGGUGCGCACCUGUGCCUACACCAACCACACCGUCCUUCCGGAAGCCCUGGAGCGUUGGCCAGUGUCGCUGCUGCAAUCAAUUUUGCCUCGCCAUCUUGAAAUCAUCUAUCAUAUAAACUUUUUGCAUUUACAAGAAGUUGAGAAGUGCUUCCCUGGAGACUUUGGUCGAAUGCGUGCACUAUCGUUGGUCGAAGAGGAUGGCGACAAGCGCAUCAAUAUGGCUAACCUAUCAAUUGUUGGAUCGCAUGCUGUUAAUGGUGUCGCUGCAAUCCACUCUGAAAUCAUUAAGAAGGACAUCUUCAAAGACUUCUAUGAAAUGAAUCCAGAGAAAUUCCAGAACAAGACAAACGGUAUCACUCCCCGCCGUUGGCUUCUGCUGUGCAACCCAGGUCUGUCUGAUCUGAUUGCUGAUAAGAUUGGAGAUGAAUGGCCUGUGCAUCUGGAUCAGCUGACCAAGCUGAAGGCAUUCGCCAAGGAUCCAACAUUCCAGCGCGAUGUCGCCAAGGUGAAGCAGGAGAACAAACUCAAACUGGCACAAUUAUUGGAGAAAGAAUAUGGCGUCAAGAUCAACGCUGCCUCGAUGUUCGAUAUCCAAGUCAAGCGUAUCCAUGAGUACAAACGACAACUGCUCAACUGUUUACAUAUUAUCACCUUGUACAACCGCAUUAAGCGUGAUCCAACGGCUAACUUUACUCCUCGUACCAUCAUGAUCGGUGGAAAGGCCGCUCCUGGAUACUACAUUGCCAAACAGAUUAUCAAACUGAUCUGUGCUGUCGGCAAUGUUGUCAACAAUGAUCCUAUUGUUGGAGAUAAGCUUAAAGUUAUCUUCCUGGAGAAUUACCGAGUCACGUUGGCUGAAAAGAUCAUGCCAGCCGCCGAUCUGUCUGAACAGAUCUCUACAGCCGGUACUGAGGCCUCUGGAACUGGAAACAUGAAGUUCAUGUUGAACGGUGCCUUAACCAUCGGUACCCUUGACGGUGCCAACGUUGAAAUGGCUGAAGAAAUGGGCAACGACAACAUCUUCAUUUUCGGUAUGACUGUGGAUGAAGUCGAAGAUCUGAAGCGGCGCGGUUAUAAUGCGUACGACUACUACAACGCCAAUCCGGAUAUUAAGCAGUGCGUCGAUCAGAUCCAAAACGGAUUCUUCAGCCCAGGAAACCCUCACGAGUUCACGGACAUCGCCAACGUACUGAUGAAGUACGAUCGUUACUAUCUGUUUGCUGAUUUUGAAGCGUACAUCAAGUCUCAAGAUCUGGUGUCUGCCACAUAUCAGAAUCAACAAAAAUGGCUCGAAAUGUCCAUUAACAACAUUGCAUCGAGUGGCAAGUUCUCCAGCGAUCGCACAAUUGCCGAAUAUGGUCGUGAAAUUUGGGGAAUUGAACCAACGUGGGAGAAGCUGCCCAACCCAGCCGAAGCACCCCACACUAAGUAAGGCACUCCUCCAUAGUGGGCGCAUGUUCGAACCACAUGCAGCAAAUGAGUACACUGCCACUGAGGAAAAUCGGCUUCUUUCGCUGCAACACCAGAAUGUGAAGAAAAAUAUGUUUAUUGUGUUGGCGAAAACUGUUAAGACUUUGAAUUUUGUUUCCUAUCAGUGUAUGAUUUGUCUGUGUGAACAACGGACCUUUAGUCUCUCGACGUUUAAUGUUAGGAAUGCAACCAUUUUCGUAAGUGUUUGCUAGAUUGCGAGAGAUAGGGUGGAGUGAAUCUAGUUAAAAGAAAUUUCAAAUUGUCAAACAAAGAAUGUUAACGAUAUGUCUUUAGAUGUAAUAAUGCAUGGUUAGAUCGAAAACACUACACACGACACAAAUACAAAAACACACUUCAUUGAAGUUGUCAAAUCAAAACAUUUUAAUUAGGGUGCCACCAUUUAGAUAUUAUGCUGAUUAUUUAUCCAUAAAACUAGCAAUCAAAGGGAAAGAGAAGAAAAAAACUAGAACAAAGAUAUUAUUAACUAAUCAAAAAAAUCUAGCAAGUAAUAGCGUUCAGUAGGAAAACAAUAACAUCCUAAAUUCCCGGAGAUUAAGCAAAGCUGAAGCGAAAUUAGUACUACUUACCUAACAAAGAUUCUGUUGGAAAUUUUGAGCAUCUUAUUGUUAUUAUUAUGUUAUCUUUUAUUUUUAUAUGAAAUAAACCUAUUACCUUGAAAA